AUGCCAAAAACAUUAGCACCCAAGUUCAGAUUUGGCUUUUCGAAUGCCGUAAAAACUGAUAGAUUCCCCGAAAAGUUGUAUGAAGUUGCCUCCGAUGAUUAUUUGAUUCGCUGGAAUGAAAAUGGAACCAGCGUUUUUGUUGAUGAAGAGGGUUUUGCUGAUGUUGUCAUGGAUUGCUACCCUGGAUUUCUACAGAUUCCAGAUUUCGCCAACAUUAGACGUCUGUUUCGAGAAUAUGGUUUUGAUUGGAAUCAUGAGGGAUCAGUGUUUGAGUUCUCCCAUCCGUCAUUUGUAAGAGGCAACCCAGAAAUUUUAUGUGAAGUUCUGACAAGAAGGAAAUCUUUCUGCAAGUCAAAAUCAAGUCGUAAAACGAAUCCUAAUCCUCUAUUCAAGAGCUAUCGAGAAGAUUUCGACAAUUCAGACGAUGAGAUUGAUUUACAUACGAAAGAACCUGGAAUAAUGACAAGGCGAGGGUUUAUUCCCUACAAUAAACAAGUCGAUAAGACUACAGAGAAAAGUCCAAAGAAAAUAAAGUUUGAUGAAAAGAAAGCCUACAAAAUUCAUGAACGACCAUCUCUUAUCAGUGGAAAAGAAAACAAAAAGAUUGAAAUAUCUGAGAUGGAGACUGAAGAGCAAGACGAGACCUUGAGAAAAGGGGGAUUUGAAGAAAAUAAAAGAGCCAUAGAAAAUAUUAUCAACGUAUUUGCGCUAAAUGAAUUAAGUCCGGAGGAAUUUCUAGAAUAUCUUCAGAGAAAAAGAUCGAAACCAAUUUCACAUGACAAUAGCUCAGCGGAGUAUUGUCCAACGUUAUUGCCCAUGAUGAAAACCGAUAAUAACGAGAUCAAAGUGGUUCCUUUUCAGUGUGAAUUUGAAACACAAGACUAUCCAUUUACUCAAAUUAGACCAAUAAAUUAUCAGCCGAGAACAGAAGAUAUUUUACCAUCUAAAGACUAUCAUAUUAUGGAAAAUAUUUCCAUUGCAGACAAUUCGAUUUCACGAGGAAACUGUACUUGUAAUUGCCACAUGGUUUGUUCCCAAUAA